GUCAGACUCAUCGUACAGAAGCAAUUCAGCCCGGCCUAUCCGCUUGUUGCUAUUGUGAGCCGAUACUAUCCCGUGGGGGAGUCACAAAAGCCCGGGAGCACAAAGCGCCGAUAUCUCGGUCAGCUUCGGGGUCGUAAAUAUUUGGUCUGCCAUAAUUACCUACCACACAUCUCUCACAAGUGCUACUUCAAUCACGUUUCUUCCCUCAAUUUCGGGAUACCUCCACCACACACAUUCGCUAUGCUUCAACAACGGUCAGCGCGACUUCUGUCGCAAUUCUCUUCUGCUCCAUCCCGCGUCUUCACACCUGCUUAUUUGCGAUGUCGGCGGGCAUACAGCAUCCACGCUGAUGCCUCUGUGGGCACCAAAAUCCAGGACAUUGACCCAUCAAAGCUCUCCAUCACCAAGACGACAACACCGAAGGACUUACUGCCUCCUGAGGAAUUAGUAUUCGGACGCAAUUUCACAGAUCAUAUGUUAUCGCUUGAAUGGACUGCUUCCCAAGGAUGGCUACCAGCGCGCAUAACACCCUACCAGAACCUCUCCCUCGACCCAGCUACCUGCGUCUUCCACUAUGCUUUCGAAUGCUUCGAGGGUAUGAAGGCGUACAAGGACAAGAAUGGAAACAUCAGACUGUUCCGACCUGACAAGAACAUGGCGCGUUUGAACAAGUCGUCCGCACGUAUCGCUCUCCCUACCUUCGACCCAGACGCAAUGAUCGAUCUCAUCGGCCAAUUCGUGAAGUUGGAUUCGAGGUUCAUUCCUGAUGCCCGCGGAUACUCUCUCUACCUACGCCCCACAAUGAUUGGCACCCAGCGCACAUUGGGAGUUGGUCCUCCCGCUUCAGCACUCCUCUACGUGAUCGCCUCGCCUGUCGGCCCCUACUACCCUACCGGCUUCAAGGCCGUCUCAUUGGAGGCUACGGACUACGCCGUGCGAGCAUGGCCCGGCGGUGUCGGAGACAAGAAGUUGGGUGCCAACUACGCACCUUGCAUCCUGCCCCAGAUGCAAGCUGCCAGCCGUGGAUUCCACCAGAACCUGUGGCUAUUCGGCGAGGAGGAGUACGUCACUGAAGUUGGCACCAUGAACCUCUUCGCAGCCAUCAAGAACAAGGAGACUGGCCAGAAGGAGCUGUUGACCGCCCCUCUCGACGGUACCAUCCUCGAGGGUGUCACUCGCGAUUCCGUCAUCGGCCUUGCCAAGGAGCGACUCGAGCCUCAGGGCUGGAAGGUGACCGAGAGGAAGUUCACAAUGAAGGAGCUUGCGGAUGCGGCUGAUGAGGGCCGUAUGUUGGAGGUCUUUGGAGCCGGCACCGCCGCCAUCGUCAGCCCUGUCCGAAAGAUUAGCUGGAAGGGACGGUUGGUGGAGUGCGGAUUGGAGGAUAAUGUCGAGGCUGGGCCAAUUGCUCUGCAGAUGAAGGAAUGGAUGGAGGCCAUCCAGUAUGGUGAUGAGGAUCAUCCAUGGAGUUACAAGCUCGCCUAAAUCACUAGAGCGCAAGGGAGGUUUCCCUAUCUCGAUAUAUGAUUCUAAAUCGACUUCUUCAAAGAGUACGCAAAAGAGUUUGCUCGCAUAUCUUCUAUACAUCUAUCUAUUUGUACAUAGCGAUGAGCUGGAAGAGGGGCGUUGGGGUUAAUUUCAGCCCAGGACUAUAAUGUCCUCUGCCACCUUGGGAUGAUUUUCCCUUUUCAAUUUGCAAUUGACACAAGAAACAAAAGACAGCAAAAUUCAUCGAAAUUUCUACCCGAUUCAACCGAUGGGGACAGAUAAUAUUUUUCAUCUAGG